UUUUUUUUUUUUUUUCUAUUAGGUUUAGCGUAUUCAUAUAUCACACACAAUGGGUAGAAUUAUUAGAGCUCAACGUAAGGGUAAAAAGGGCAGCGUUUUCAUGUCCCACUCCAGCCAUCGUAAAGGCAGUCCACGUUUCCGUGCUUUAGAUUUCGCUGAACGUAAUGGUUACGUUAAAGGUGUUGUCAGAGAAAUUAUCCACGACCCAGCCAGAGGUGCCCCACUCGCCCGUGUUGCCUUCAAAGGUUUAACCAAAUUCAAAUUAGACAAACAACUUUUCAUCGCCCCAGAAGGUAUGCACACUGGUCAAUUUGUCUUUGCCGGUAAAAAAGCCACUUUAACCAUCGGUAACAUCCUCCCAAUCGGUAAAUUACCAGAAGGUACCAUUAUCUGUAACGUCGAAGAAAAAGUUGGUGACUGUGGUGCUGUCGCUAGAUGUUCAGGUAACUAUGCCACCGUUGUUUCACACAACCCAGAUGAAGGUAUCACCCGUAUUAAACUUCCAUCAGGUUCAAAGAAGAACGUUUCAUCCCUCGCUCGUGCUAUGAUCGGUAUCGUUGCUGGUGGUGGUCGUAUUGAUAAACCAAUGCUCAAAGCUGGUCGUGCUUUCCACAAAUACAGAGUCAAGAAGAACAACUGGCCAAAAGUUAGAGGUGUUGCUAUGAAUCCAGUAGAACAUCCACACGGUGGUGGUAAUCAUCAACACGUUGGUCACGCCACUACUACCAAGAGAGACGAUCCAGCUGGUAAAAAAGUUGGUCUCAUUGCUGCCAGAAGAACCGGUAGACUCAGAGGUACCAAAAACGACCAAGAAUAAACUAAUUAAAAUCAUUAUAAAUAUUAAAAAAAAAAAUUU